AUGCAGGCACAAUGCGAGUUGUCUAACACAUUAGUCGGCACAAAGAGGUACGAGAUCCAUAUCGCGUUACAUUCGCGGGUUUUAGGUGUCAAAAGGCGCCGAAUUGCGCCGAAAUGCGCGCUUUGUGGGAACGAGCGACAGGUAGAAUGCCCGGCAUUUAGUUCGUCUUAUCUCGUGAAUCCUUUCAAGGCACCGCCCGCGGGGCCGGUGGACCUUAACGGCGAAGACACUGGUGCGGUUAUCGAGCUCGGAGCGUUCGGCGUCGGUAGAAUCGAUGUUUGCGUUCGAUAUCUCCGUGCGGCGUGGCUCAAUUAG